CUUGGUGUGCGCCGGUGCUUGAUACAUUUCUGCGCUGUUUAACCAAUUUAGUGUAUUCCUAAUGAAUGUUCUGGAAGGGCAGAAGUAUUGUUAAGAUAAAAAAUAGUGAAAAAUUUUUAGUUGGUGCGUAUAUUGCCAGUGUAUGUGUGUGUUUGUGUGAAGAAAAAAUUUUUCCACUGUUAAAGGGAUAAAAAAAUAGUUUUUUUUUAAAGAAAUUUUUAAUAAUUUUUUUCGUUUAUUUAAAUUGGGCAUUAUUAUAAUAAAUAAAUAAAACAAUGGCUAAAUAAAUAAUGAACGGUUUUGUUUAUAAAUUACCACCAGCAAAUGUGCCCGAAGAAGUUAAGUGUGAACAAAAAGAUUUGCAAGGAUAUUUGGAACUAGAAGUGAGUCUUAUAAAUUUCAUAACCAAUACAAUAGAAACAAACAGUGGAAAAUUACCAGAACAUAAAAUAAUAAGUGUAAAGGGUAUAAAAGAAAAAGCUAAAAAGCAGAAUACUAAUGACACACCUUUAAAUGGUAUAAUAAUUAAUAAUAAAAAUAGUGCAAGUGUUAAUGAAAAACAUAAAGAAAUAGGCUCUACUACUAAAGACAGCAGCAAAGAUAUAGUGGGAAACGUUAAACACUAUCAUACACUAGACAAUAUACAGGUGAAAAUUGUUUGGUGUGGGGAACGUAAGGAAGACGCCGCCAAUCUAAAUAUCAGCUGUAACCAAAACCAAACGAUAAAGCAGGAGCCGCAAACGCAUAAGGAAUAUUGUAAAUUGUAUAAUAGCAAAAGAAAAUACAAUCAACAACAUUUUAAAAGGCAACAACAGAACGACCACAACCAGUCAAAAGAAAAACAAGCCAAUAAUAGACAACAUUUGCCAUUGUCUGCCAAUAAUAAAUUGCGGUACCGUAUUUGUACGAGUGGCGCGCUAUUCUUAGAAUACUUGAGUUCUUGCAAACCCAUUGAAAUUAUUGUCACUGCUUCUACGACUAGUGGCAGUUGUUCGACAGCAGCUAAACCCCUGGGACAGGCACAAUUGCGUUUGCCUUUGGUGUUGUUGAAAAAAUUCAAACAUAACAUUGUCAAAGGUCAUAAUUUUGCCUAUAAAACUAAAGUGUAUACGUUGUAUAAGACCAAUCAAGAAACACUUGAUAAUAAACUUGUAAAAUCGGGUGAAAUACAAUUGAUUUUUAAAAUGUUAUUUGCUCCCACGGCAGCCGCUUCUGCUACUGCGGUAGCAGCUGCACAACCUGGAGAACAUCAUCUACAUAAUAAUCAUUGUCACCAUCAUCAUCGUCAUCAUCAUUUGGUGGGGGGCAAAGCCAAUCAUCAGAUGCCCGAAGAUGUUCAAGGUGACAUCCCUAAACGUUUAACUUCACAGACAAAAUCUGAAGAGAUUGUGGAAGCCAUGAAGAAAUUAGAUGCUAAACUGGUGGCCUAUUUGGCUGGGGAAACUGAUAUCACUUCAAAACUUACCAACUGUGAGGAAGAGAACGAAGUCAAUUUAAAUUUGGAAAAUCAAAGUUUUACCAAUAAUUUAGAGGACUUGUUGCCUGCUACAAAAUUCAAUAUCUUCAAAUCGAUUAAUAGCAUUAAAUUGGAAAUGGAGGCAUUGACUCUGCAGCCAGAGGGUACUAAAUGCAUGCAUUUAUUACAAAAUGAAAUUGAACCCAUUUUUACCGUGGAAUGUCAACUUUCUAAUGAGUUGAUUAAGCAAGUGCCACGCCAUGAUAUGUUCCAUAUAAUGCAAUUCGAAUCGGAGAAAUUUCAAUCAUUAACCCAGUGUACACGCUUUGGCCAACAGGCAGAACGUGCUGUUAAACUAGCUAUCGAUCAGGAGUUAAGUGAUGAGAACGCCAAUGAAACUGUAGUGGAUUUUGGUCGCAUACAUUUUACUGUAUGGUGGCGUGAACCGGGCACCUGCCUUAAUGAAAUGUUAGGCAUGGGUGUCUUGGAAAUCAAUGAUCUUUACAAUGCCUCACUGCUGGAACAGUGUAAACGCAUUGAAAUCCAAAGACGUGGCAAAAGUUUGGCCUGUCUUUAUUUUAAAAUCAAACUACAACGUGAUGGCAUGAAUACAACAGCAGCAGAAAUCAAACGUGAAUUGUUUUUGCCUCAGCAAUUGUCUUCGUCGGAUAGUGAUAGUGAGAAAACCCCAGCUACUGAUAAGAAACAACAGCAACAGACAGCACAAUGUGGUAUAAAUACUGCCGUCGCCGCAGCUGCCGCCACCAGCAGCAGCAGCAAACUCAGUGCUACCGAUAAAGCCUCUGCACAAAAUAAUAAUGUUAAAUUUGAAACCACAAAUUUUGAUGAUGAAACCUCUAAGAUACGCUUACUCAAAGGUUUUAUAAGUGCCAAUGAAACAAGAAACUUAGAAAUCUCCCAACAACCACAGACAUUUUUAGUAUGUCGACGCUUCUGGUUGGAUGAACCGGCCACCGCAAAAGCCGAUACAACUUGCAAAUUUAAUUAUCAAGAGCAAUUUUCCGUUAUUAACGAUGAUAAGUUUUUACAAAGUGUCGACAAACAGUAUUUACACUUGGAGCUGUGGCAGCGCAUGAGUUGUGAUGAUGGCAAUGGUAAUCCGGAAGAAAAUGCUCAACCUGUAGGUGUGGUGCGCAUGCCUUUGCAUCAGUUUUUUAUAGCAUACCGGGAUGCAGCCAUUACCAAUCAUUUGUGCAAGGGAAAGCUUCCUGUUAUCUCCAUUGAUGCUUGGGCUCCCAUAAUAAAUUGCCAAACUGGCUUGAAUGUAGGAGAAAUUAAAUGCCUAUUGGCAGUGGGUAGUGAUGAACAAAUAAAAAAUCUUAAAGAAUCUAGAGGCUUACAGGCUAACACAACUUUUUCAGAGAGUUUAUUAGCAGAUAAGGAUUUUAUAACCAAAUUACAACCCUUACAAAUACCAACCAGUUCUAAGGUUCCCCAACCAACAAAACAAACUCCACCAACUAGCAGUGGUUCCCCUUUGACAGCGGCAAAAAUUAAGAAAACUUCUGAUCUCUUGGAUAUGUUACAAAAAGUCCUUAUGACCUCUCCAGCAACUGCCGGCGACUGUCAACCUCCUAGGACUGCCACAGCAACUGCGACUACAGUCGAUACUAAACCAUCCAGUGUGACAGCCUCGACUUUAACUCCUCUAAAGCCCACAAAUGUUAAACUUUUCCGAUUCUCUUUGGAAAUACAAAAAGCCAUUGGUCUACCUUUGAAUCCAGCUUCUAAAGCUAAAAAAGGUUAUUCCAAGCGUAAUGCUUCCAAGCGUUUUCCACCCAAUGAAGCUCCUAGUUGUUAUGUUACAUUCCAAGCCGAUGAGGGUCAAUAUCCCACAUAUAAAUCACAUGAGGGUAUGGUUUUUGCCACUAAUAUUGUAGAGAAAUCAACUCAUCCGCAGUGGCAGCAACGUUUUCGUCUAGCUGCUUCCAUAGAUUAUUUGAAAAUUCCCCAAAAACUCUUCAUUUUAAAAGUGUUGAAAAAAUCUUCACUCGAUAUGGCUCAAGGUCGCCAACAACCCACACCCAUGGAAGAUGCCAUCAUAGGUUUAACAGCUCUCGAUCUAAGUGCAUUCACCAGAGGUCUACACAUUGCGGGCACCUUUAAUAUAGUCGAUUUUAAUGGACGUAUUAAUGGUCAAUUGUUGGUGCGUUGUCAACCAUUAGAGGAUAUAACACCAGCCAUAAAAGCAGGCAACACAACAUCAACGGCAACGGUAGCAGCAACUGCAACAGCAUCAUCUGCAGCAGGAGCAUCAGUGGAUUCUGUUAUCGAUCAAUUUGAACAAACUUUAGAUUUAACGCAUUUAAAUCUAGGACAAGCUAUAAAACGCAAAUUUACCGAAUUGGAAGGUAUAUCACAGCGUUUAAGAGCACGUCUGGGUGAUGUUACCGGCGCCGAGUUAAAUAAAAAUUUCGAUUUACAGUCCUUAAAUGACUGGCAGCCGAUGGAAAACGAUGCAAAUGAUGAGUUUGAUGAAUUUGAGCAUGAUCUCAAUACUACUCCGCUAGAUGAAGAAGAUACCAUACAAGAGAAGAAUAAAGAAAUGGAUGAACAAAAACUUAAGGAUAACAAAUAUCAAGGGAAAACAGAAAGUGAUGGCAAUGAAAAUAGUGAAUAGUGUUUGUGGUUACGACAUACCUUUGUUGUUUGUCAUCUCUGCACAUUAUUUAUAAUUAGUUUUUUCUUAAUUCUUAUAAACAACACCCACAACCACAACUACUACUACUAUUAUUAUUAUUAUCCCUUACAUUAUCAAUAUAUUAAUAUGAAACCGUAUUCAUAGCACUUUUAUAAUAGUAAUUAUUAUUAUAAUAAUGGCUUUUAUAUUUUAGUAAACGAGUUUAAUUCAUUAUUAUUAUUAUUAUGACAAAAAGACUCGUUAUUUAUUAUUUCCUAUUAAAAAAAAAGAUAACUUCCUUUUAGUUACUGUCUUUUAGUGCUUAAGCCUAGUAUAUGUUGGUUACAAAUUUUAUAGUCAACUGAAAUGUGAAGAAUUUAAUUCGACAAGUGAUUUAUAGUUAAAGAAGAAAACUAUUUUUUAAGAUUUUCUUUGAAUUUCCUUUUUUUUAUUAUUUUCUUAAUUUUAAGUUGAAUGAACUAAAUUAAGCUUUUAAAUUAAACU